AGGAGAGAGACAAGUACUUGGAGAUGGCCAACCAUGUUGAAUGGUUGCAGCAGCGUGGAGAAGAGGAAGAAGCUCGACUAGUUGAAAAAGCGAUGUACGACAUGGAGGCUCCACACAGAAAGGCCAAAAAAGAGGAUAAAAGGGAAGAAGAAACUGGACAGCCUCCUCGAGAACAUGUGGAGAGAGCUAAGAAAAAACUUCAGGAACGAAGAGACGAGGAGACGUGGGACAAGCCAGACAGAAUCAAAGCAUUGACGCUGGGCACUCCGAACAAGUGCAAGGCUCCCGUGGUCACAGCACAGCGGUUUUCUGACCGACUGGAGCAGUGUUGGAUUGACAUCGAGUGGAUGUGCAAGACCGCAUUCGCAUCUGCAGAGCGCAUCGAGUACGAAUUGCGAGUCCAGGCAAUUGGGAAAAGCUCAGAGGCAUGGGAUGAGGUCUACCAUGGUUGGGAAAGCAGCGUGUCUUUGGGGCCCUUCCCUGUCGGAUCUUACGAGUUCAUGGUCAGAGCCAGAAAUAGCAUUGGCUGGGGGGAGUGGAGUGACGUGGUGGUAGUGACUUUGGAUGAUCCCAAAUGGGAAAAGCAGCAGCGGAAAGAAGCAGAGACUCAGGUGCUACGAGAGCAAGCCAAGACGGUGUCCCAAGAAUUGCAAGCCAUUCUGGAUGAGUUCGAGGACUUGCAAAGAAACAGCAGACUGACUAUUCAUCGCGCAUCGAACUUGCUUUUCCGCCUGCAAGCAGAGCUGAAGCGAGCUCGUUCCCUUCGGAGCUACCUGCCGCACCAGCAGCUGCUUCGCCAGGCCGAGUCAAUGAUGCAAAUUCUCGAGAGGUGGCGCGAUAGAAAGGAAGCCUUUGCCGAAUGGAAGCAGUCCUUGUUGGAGAUGAGAAAUCAGAUUCUGCAGGACAAUGACCAGGAGGAUGUGCCUGAUCUGGAAAGCUUCCUCAGCCAAGACCAGCACUACUUUGGAUCCUUGAGUCCAGACAUCAGGAAUUUGAUGGUCCAGACCUUGCUUGGCCUGGAUUCGAAGCAGGUCUUGAAGAAGUUAACAACCACACAGAAGGAGAAGAUCAUGCGAGUGCUAAACCGUGGCAUUCACCUUGGCAGAACGGUGCUGGUGGACCGGCAAGAGGAUGUGAAGGUCAAAGAGGCAAUCUCAGACAGGAGCCGCUCUGUCUUUACAAAGCAUCAGACAGAGCAGCUGUCGCGUUUGGUGGAGAAAUUUUCACUUGUACGUGCCAGAAUACCUCAACUGGAUGCCGAUGCAGGAGGAGAGUCCGACAUACAAGAGAGCAAGGAACUUGAGGCAUUUGAGGAAGACUUCGAUGACACUCUGCCUGCAUCUGUGGAGGCCAAUGAGUCUCAAACAAAGGACAAGCCGCAAAAGGCUUUGCGAACUUUGUUCAUCACCGGCUUGGCGGAAUCCCAGCGAAAGAUAUCCCGCGAUGACUUGCUCAAGGCACUCAGACCGAUUGCGGAGGUGGAUGGUGCCAGAGUGGGUGCUGAAGAUGCGCUGGUGCGCUUUGCCACCUCGGAACAAGCACAAAAAGUUUUGGCUGUUCUACAGCGCAGCGAUUUGUAUGUAAGACAUGCUGUCCUUUCUGGCCAGCUGGCUCCAUCGGACCAACUGUCUGAAGAGGCUUUGGCUUUGGCUGGUGGACGACCUCUGGAGAGGGAGAGGCCUGAACAUCCCAGCAGUGGAGGCAGCCCAGAGUGGCCGCAGGCCAUGCAACCGCCUCAAGCUUCUCAGGCUAGCCAAGCCUCUGCCUACCCGCUGCAUCGGAGAGAAUCUGUUGAGCCUCCAGUUCAAACAUAUUCCCAGCCGCUUCGACCGCUUCAAAGAAGAGAAUUACCCGAGAGUCAGCCGCAAGCACUGACUGUUCCAUUGGUCAAUCCAAGUCAUCCAAGUCAUCCCUCAACGCCGACGAAGGAGGCAAAGGUAAAGCCUCAUGUGAAGCUGAGCCAGGUGGUUGGUGCAGCAGAUGGCACGACUUCUGAGUUCCAAUGCCCUUUAUGCAGCGGGCUGGCCUGGGAGCCGCUGGUAGUCAUGUGCUGUCAGAAGGUUUUCUGCAGCGGCUGUUUGGGCGACUUCUUGAGCACUGCAACUCAUUGCCCUUCAUGUCAUGCUUCGGUGGUUGUCAGAGAUGGCAGCACGGGAAGCAGCACUGAGCAGAAGGUGAAGAAGCUUGAGAGGACGGCCGAAGGUGUCAAAGGCGUUGCCUGGCGGGUCUACUCCAACAUAAGAGUAAAAUGUUGCCGAGGAAGCUGCACCUGGGAAGGAAAUAUUCUUUCCUAUGGUGAGCACUUGGAAAGCUGCUCCAGUGGAAACCUUGCGGAAGCUGGAAACCUGUCGAGGACAGCAGAAGCCCCAGCAAUGCCUGGGAAGGCUUCAACAAGUUCGAAGGUGCAGAGCGAUAUGCGUGGAAAGCACGUGGUCGCUUGCGGUCAUACGGCAUCUGAUGCAAAUCAGCUCAGUUUGAACGUUGGCGAGGAGGUUUUUGUGCAACAGGUGGCAGCGCAUGGCUGGGCAUAUGGGCAGCUCAUGAAAGAGCGGGAGCGGCAAGGGUGGUUCCCAACGCAUUGCCUCAUUGCACCGCAGCUGCAGCAUUCCCCUCCCGAGCAAUCUCCGCCACCGAGUGCACCUCCGUCUAGCUCUGUGAAGGUUGGAAGGGACUUUACAGCUCCAGAUUCUGCACAGCUUUCUGUGAAAGAAGGGGAGCAUGUGUUUGUCAAAAAGAAGGAUCCGUCUGGCUGGACCUGGGUUGCGAGAGUGAAUCCGCAAGUUAUUGGCCAGAGAGAGGGCUGGGUGCCAGACUGGCUUUUGCAGAAGGAUUGAUGCGGCCUAUUUAGACAGGCCCUCAGCAGUGAAGAAGUCGGAGGAACCCGGAAAUGGGCACAUGGCUUGUGGACGAACUCUGCCCAUCCUCCCCGCUGCAACGCUAGAUGAAGGUCGUCUCAAAUGCUCCGGAACAGAUGAAAAGAGCCUGCGCAGC